GCGCAGAUGGACGGUACGACGAGCCUACUGACACGGACAUUAUGACCGCAGCGAACAAAGUCGUCAAAGAGCACAUCAAGCUACUGCAUGAGUACAAUGAACUGAAAGAUGUGGGCCAGGGUCUUAUGGGGCUAAUCGCCGACCAGCGGGGCGUCAGAAUUGUCGAGGUUCAGGAAGAGUUUGGCAUUGAUGCAGAAGACUGAUUGGCCAUCAGGUCUUGAGCACUUUUCCAUGGCCAGGAAUGGAUGAGUCUGCAUUGACUCGUGACUGUGGUGGAAAAGAGGGGCCACCGGACACAUCCCUCCGGACCCUUCUUGACUUGUAUUCCGUUAACUCUCCGCGUUGGGUCAAUCAUCUCAGCUCUUUUUGCUCAGUGGCAUUGCGAGUCUACUGACUCAUUUCGUCGGGUAGGUCUACUUUGUCGGAUAGGUCCACUUCCGCUCGACCAUACGCCCAUCCUAUCAAGCGCUGCUUACAUAGUAUUCUGCCGAGAAAGUAGUGUUGUCUUGGCC